CACUUCGUUUAUUAUCAGAAAGCGAUAAUGGUAGCAUCAGUAUUGAUCGUAGGAAAAAAAAAUAUUGCACUUAUAAUUGUUUGUAUUGAUAAAAAUGAUCAUCAGUUAUAUUGAAAAAGUCGACGAGAGAAUUAAACAUGGAUUCUUUAUUACCAUCUCUUAUUGCACUAAUAACGUUAAUUUUUAUUUUCACUUACAAUUAUUUAACACAAAAAUAUAAUUAUUGGCAAAAAAAAGGAGUACCUUGUGUUAAAAAAUGUCUUCCAUUUUUUGGUAAUAUGGGAAAAGUGAUAAUAAUGCAAGAAGCAUUUACGACAUUAUGUGAAAAUUUUUACAAAAAAGCUUCCAAUCAAAGUAUGUUUGGCUUUUAUCAAUUUUUAACACCAUCAUUAAUAAUACGUGAUCCAGAACUUGUGAAAAAAAUUUUAAUCACAAAUUUCUCAUCAUUCGAGAACAAUCAAAUAAUACUUCAUCCUGAAUUGGAUCCACUUUUAUCAAAAAAUCCAUUUUUUUCACAAAAAACAACAUGGAAACAAAAUAGAAACGCACUAACAAGUGGUUUUUCAUCAAGUAAAUUGAAAUUAAUGUUUUCGUUAAUCACCAAGGUAUCGGAGAAAUUUAAUGAAUAUUUAAAAAAUAAAUUGAAAAAUAAAGACAAUUUUAUGGAAUUUGAUUUAAGAAAAUUGUUUAGUAUGUAUACAGGUGAGAUUGUCUCAACUGUUGGUAUGGGAGUUGAAGGAAAUUGUUUUCAAGAAAAUUCAAAAACAUUUGGUAAAAUUGUCUCAUCAAUUUUUGAAAAUUCAGCAAUUAUGGGUGGUUUUGCACAAAUUUUAAUUUUCUAUUUACCAAAUGUUGCAAAAUUUUUCAAAUUAGGAAUUGUUUCUAAAAAAAUGAACUAUUUUAUCCAUGAUUCAGUGAGGGAAAUAAUAGAGAGAACAAAAAAUGAAGAUAUUUCAAGAAAUGAUUUUUUACAUAUUAUUUUGGAAAAUGAGAAAGAUGAAUUAAAUUUGAAUAAUUUAUCAUCUUAUAUGUUGUCAUUUAUUUUGGAUGCACACGAGACAACAAAUACAACAUUGAAUUUUUUGGCAUUUCAAUUAGCAAUGCAUCGCGAUGUUCAAGAAAAAGUAAGAGAAGAAAUUAAUUCACUUAGUGUGAAAAUAAAUGAUAAUUGGAAUUAUGAAAAUUUAAGUGAAUUAAUUUAUUUGGAGCAAACAAUUUUUGAAUCAAUGAGAUUAAAUUCAGCAUUGGGAACAUUAAUGAAAAUUUGUACAUCGAAAAUAAAACUCGAGGGAUUUGAUGGUGUUAAUUGUCAACUUGAACCUGGAAAUAUAAUUAUUUUAUCUAUUCAUGGAUUACAUAAGGAUCCAAGUUAUUGGCAUGAACCGGAAAAAUUUGAUCCUGAUAGAUUUAGUGAGACGAAUAAAAAAGACCGACAUAAAUUUGUUUUUCUUCCCUUUGGUGAAGGACCAAGAAUGUGUUUAGGAAGGCGGCUGGCAAUGAUGUCAAUAAAAAUGGGAAUGAUUGGAGUUUUAAAGAAUUUUUCUUUGGAAUUAUCAUCAAAAACGCGUUUUCCUCUUAAACAAGAUCCAACGAGUUUUUUCACUGCUGUUGAUAGUAGUUUGUGGGUGAUUUUAAGACCUUUGAAAAAACAAUUUUAAUUGACUUUAGAAAAAUUAUUAUUGUAGAUUUUAUUUAUUUACAUACAUAUUUUAUUUUCAUUAAAAAAUCAAUAAAGAUAAAGUAAAAACUUGAAAUAAAA